UUUCUCGGUGUCGACCUUCGGCGCAAUCGCAGCAGUUCCCGAUUCCAUCUUCAACAGUGUGAUUGCCGUGUAUAGCGUAAUUGUUGACGAUUUCGCGGGACCGCGGCCUCUUCUUUACACAAUCUUUUGCAUUGAUCAAGGACUUUCGAGUUCCGUACCUUUUGCCCUCUCGGGUCCAGCACACCUGAUCUUUCUCCUGGAGACGUCGUUCAUCGUCCAGACGCCGUUGCGUCACGAUCUGGAAGCAUUCGACUUGUUCUCGUGUUCCAGGGUUUUGACAGAUAUCUUAGUUUAUUUUUUUGUUAAUAAUUUUUGGGUUUCUGUUGAUGAUUGACGUAGUGGCUUAUCGGAGGCCGUAGCGCACCUCAUACGAGAGGGAGGGGUUCUAAAGCUGGAGUGACAUUGUGACAUGGUCGGCGUCCGUGCGGUGUGCGGUGGGUUUGGAACGAGUGUUUCCGAUUGUGCAGCAUCGGUCCCCAAUUUGAAGAACAUUGUAACAAUCCCUUUGCCGUUUUCAGAACGGCGAAAUUUGACCCUAGGAGCGUUUUAUCCUUGCAACCCUGCUGCUCGAAUCGUUCGUCGCUGCUUUGUGGUUACAUCGUCGUCAACAAUGGCACCGGGAGUUGCAGCUGCGGAUCAAGCAUCGCCGGAGGAGACUUUCGGAGUGUCCAUGUACCCCGUGCAUAGGAGUAAGGUUAUUCAUAUAGUGCGUCAUGGGCAGGGCUAUCACAACGUAGCUGGGGAGCUGGAUCAUUCUAGUUACAUGUCAUGGGACUUCACGGACGCGUCACUCACAGAUUUGGGGUGGCAGCAAGCUGAGGCUCUUCACGCGCAUCUAGAUGCAACGGGAAUCAUGUCUCAGGUCGAGCUAGUCGUUGUCUCCCCCCUCUUGCGCACAUUGCAAACAGCUGCAGGAGUCUUCGGCGGACCAACAUUGCCGGAAGGCGAGAGCGAGGAGUCCUCUCUCAUGACGAGCGGAUUAGGAAAAUCUCCGCAUGCCGCCAUCUCACGUCUGAAUUCGUUUAAAUUCGUCGCGAAUGAAUGGUGCCGGGAGCAGAACGGUGUGCACCCAUGUGACAGGCGAUCCGACAUCUCUUUCUACAAGAAGAGCUUUCCGGGCGUGGAUUUCUCUGAGGUUGAGACGGACAAGGAUACGUGGUGGCACGAGACCAAGCGCGAGACCUCGCAGGAGCUUUUCGCUAGGGCCAGGGGGUUCGUGAGAUGGCUGCUGAAACGCCCGGAGUCACGAAUCGCCGUUGUCUCGCAUAGCAGCUUCAUCUUCCACAUGUGUCAUUUGUUCGGCGCGGAAUGCUCCGAUGUCGUUCGCAAAGAAAUCCAAACGGGAUUCAGGAACUGCGAGAUGCGGUCCGUGGUGAUCUUGGAUAGGUUAGCCACUGGUGCCCCCUCGACUGCUUUCUUAGACUUCCCGGGGGGUUUGCACUACAACGAUCUGUCGAAGAAGGACAUGGACGUCCCGGACCGAGAGAUUGUCGCCGAGGACAAAGUUCCGCACGCUGACAGCCUUCCUACUGUUGCGCAAACGGCUUGGCCAAUUUCCGACGCUCAUUCAAAUGGGAAGCUGUAGAAUUAAUGCUGGUAACUUUGUCUCAAACAACGAUUGCUGAUACAAAUUGUGGUAGCCUUAUUCGAAUGUUUGUAGCGCUUCAAAUUUCCAUUCAAGGACAUUGUCGACAUUCUUUGCCACACGGCGAGCAUCAGUUUACUUUUGGGUAUUGUCUUCUGUGCAGUAGUCUUGCAGAUUUUUUUUCAGCAUGCAGGUUUUAUUGGUAGUAUUAUUUUUUCUUUCUCCGCAAGACUUUCGAAAGUAUUAUCAUAGUCUACCAUCCGCUGAGGUGUGAACUGUUACAAUUUGUAUGUUUAACAAGGUGCUUCAUCAAGGCAUCGUGUAGUUUUCCAAACCUUUUGUGUUCCUCGAUUCCCACUAGAAACAUGGAUACUUCGGCAGUUUGAAACUGACAAUCUAUUAAGAA